CCCCCCUUCGCAGGCUUCCCGCCCUUCCCCGAGGGGCACCCGGCCGUGCUGCCCGGCGAGGACCCGCCGCCCUACUCGCCCCUGACCAGCCCCGACAGCGGCAGCGCCCCCAUGAUCACCUGCCGCGUCUGCCAGAGCCUCAUCAACGUGGAGGGCAAGAUGCACCAGCACGUGGUCAAGUGCAGCGUCUGCAACGAGGCCACCCCCAUCAAGAACGCGCCGCCGGGGAAGAAGUACGUGCGGUGCCCCUGCAACUGCUUGCUCAUCUGCAAGGUGACGUCUCAGCGCAUCGCCUGCCCCCGGCCGUACUGUAAAAGAAUCAUUAACCUGGGCCCGGUGCACCCCGGCCCCUUGAGCCCCGAGCCUCAGCCCGUGGGAGUGCGUGUUAUCUGUGGGCAUUGCAAGAACACCUUCUUGUGGACAGAGUUCACAGACCGCACUUUAGCCCGCUGCCCACACUGCCGUAAGGUAUCGUCUAUUGGGCGCAGGUAUCCCCGGAAGAGAUGUAUCUGCUGCUUUCUCCUAGGUGUAAUAAUGGCUGCAACUGCCACGGGCCUAGCAUUUGGCACGUGGAAGCACGCCCGUCGAUAUGGCGGGAUCUAUGCCUCCUGGGCACUGGUCAUUCUUCUAGCUGUGGUAUGCCUGGGCCGGGCCAUGUAUUGGGCUUGCAUGAAAGUCAGCCACCCGGUCCAGAACUUCUCCUGAGCCGCCUCCUACCCAACGUUUCCCUCCGGUUGGUCGCCAUCAUCCCCCCUCUAGCACUACACCAUGUGCAGGGCCCCUUGCCCUACUGCUUCCUUCCAGCUAUCUUCCGACCGUCCAGCCUUCUCUUUGAACCCCUCACCGUGGUCAUGCUCCUCUUCUCCCCCACCUCUGCCAAAGCCAGGAAGGGCAGGUGGGCUUCGCAAGGAAGAGGUCUCUGACUGAUGAAACCCUGAGGCUAGGAGGACAUGACCCUGCCGAUGCCAGGAACACUUGGACAACAGUUGCUCAGCUGGAACCUGUUGCCAAGACCAGGGACUGGCUCAAGGGGUAGCCCUGCAUGGACAAAGAGGAAGCCAAACCACAGUGGCUCAGCUGGGAUCCACCUCUCAAACAAGAGAUGGCUGACAGUGGCGCUAGCCUUUACGCGAGAGGAAGAAACGGUAGUUCUGGUCACUGAAGAGCCCUUGGGCAGUCCCUCGUCUCUCUUGAGCGGGAGGAGGGAGUGGGGAGCACAGCUGUGAUGUCUGCAUGUGUGGUGGGUGUGCUGGAAAUGAGUAGGAGGUUGCAGAACAUUCCACGAUCUAUGUUGGGGGCUGAUGAGGGGCCCCAAAUUCCCCGUUCCCUUACCCAGCACCCCCUGCCCCCCGCUUGUCUUCGGUCAAGGGACCAAAUGUAGCAUUUUUGUGGGGCACCCUAGGGCUGUAGCUGGUGCCUCUGUGCUGGGGAGGCCCAGGGGCUGUUGCUGAUGGUGGUGGCAGAAGCUGCUUCCUGUUUGCUCUUCCCCUUGCUCCUUGGGUAGUCUGGUUGCACAUUCCCAAAGAAAGAGGGCAGCCCCAUCCUGAACCUCUCGCAUCUCCCUCGGGCACAAUGGACAAGGAAGGCCCCAGGGCCUUCCCUCCCUGCGGAUGGGUUUGACCACCAUAGUAGCAUCCCCUUCCUAUUGUGCCCCUGGGCUUCUGUGCCUCUGGGGCACCACCCCAUAUCUUGGGUGAGGGUGGAAUGGGUUUGGGGAUCAUCUUCCUCCUUUCUCUUCUUUUUUUUUUCCUCUUCUAGGGCUACUUUUGAGGAACUGCUUGGGAGGAAGGUUUGGGGAGAGACCCCUCCUCCCUCAUGCCUUUAUGUUCCUCUGGAGCAGGCACAAAUGGAGGUUGUGAGAGGGAAGGGUGAUCAUCUUGGCUAGUAUCACUUCCUUUUGGGGUAGCAUCUCUUUUGGGGGAGUGACCAGCACUUCCUGUUCCAGAGCAGGGAGAUGGAAAGUGUCAGGCCUCGGUUCCUCAGUGAUCCAUGGCUGGGUGGGUGGCAGGACAUGGGGCUCAUCUCCCACCCCCUUUGGAUCUCCACAUGUCCCAGGGCCAGCCCGUUCCUGCCAAGCUCAUGUGGACAAACUGGAUACCGCUUUUGGCUUGUACAUAACCCACCACCCCUGUAUAUAACUAUUUAAACUCCACCCUUUGCUCUUGCUCUUUCCAGGGGUUUGUCCCCUCCCUGUGCAGUGCUAAUUUAAAUUGGGUUUGUGUCUUUCCCAGCCCCCAGGGACAGACAGACUGACAGAUGAUCUGACUGUAAAUAAAGAAGAUUUCACAUGUCUCAA